UAAUCGUCCAGUUGGCCGUUUUGGCGGUGUUGUGAUUGAUUAUUCGCGCUGCGUUGUUGAGCUGAGGGUGGUGGAAGUUGGUUGGGCACUUUGACAUGACAUUCCACGUAGCUUUUACUGCAUCGCACUCUACUAGCAGAAAGGGUCUUAGGCGGCUGUUCAAAUGAAAAAUGACGUUUCUCGCGUUUGUGGCAUUCGGUGUGUGAUGAUCUAGACUGUUGACGUGGCAUAUGGUGAGGUUAGGCUUUUGUUGGUGUUAUUCUUAUUGUGCCUGUACAACUGUAAAGCUGUUAUGUUAUCUACCUUGAGAACCAGCCUUGCAUUAUAUUGUGCAUAGAAUGCAAUCUGAGGAUAACAAGGAUUUUAACAUGCUGAUGAAUUCAAAAACUGCAAUAAUGAAAUGAUGUUUGUGUGAAGCCAACAUGAUGCCAAGGAUCGGCCUGCCCUGCCUGAGCGGAGCGCUGGCGCAGUGGGCGCAGCAGCUGUGCCAGCGCUGGGCCGCCGGCUGGACGCUGGCCGUCAGCGUGGUGACGCUGGCGCUCUGCUCGCUGGUGGUGCUCACGCAGGCGCUGGCCGCCGUCGGCACCUACCAAGGUUUGGCGCGACGCUCGAGCCCGGGGCCUCCGGUCUUCUGUCUGGAUAGCAGCUCUCGGUUGUACUCGCUGUGGUGGGAGCAUAAUAUAUCAGCGUCUGGACACGGAACAAUACCCCCCCCCGGCCCCUGCUCUGACCUGCGCCCCCGCGGCUGGACCCUGCUCUGA